AUGACGAGCUCGGUAGACGAAAAGGUGCAAGAAACCAGCUCUCAAAAACAUAUUUCCAUCGAUACCGAUGAAGAAUAUGACUUUGAGGAUCCUCUUAAUUACUCCACAAACUAUGUGGACGAGUUUAAUCCCAAAGGUCUUAGAAAACCAACGACUCUGGAAAAACAAACAUUGAGAAGAGUUAUUCAUAAUCUCAACUGGACGAUUUAUUUGUUGUGUCUUGCUGAGCUUGGAGAAAGAGCUUCAUACUUUUCGGUUCAGGGUAUUUUGUCAAACUUUAUCCAAAGACCGUUGCCUCCAGGUUCUACUACUGGUAAAGUUAUGCAUGGAGAAGGCAGUGGAGAUGUUUCUCCGGGAGCUUUAAAUAUGGGAUUACCCACCACUCAGGCCAUGACCAACUUGUUGACUUUCUUGGCUUAUAUCUUUCCUCUUUACGGUGGUUUUAUUGCCGAUACAAAAAUUGGAAGAUUUAAAGCAAUUUGGAUUGGAGUUUUUUCAGGUUUUAUCGCCCAUGUUUUGUUUAUUAUUGCUGCUAUUCCCAGCGUGAUUGCCCAGGGUCACGCUAUCGUGCCUACUGCCCUCGCUAUUAUAACUUUGGCUAUGGGAACUGGUUUUAUCAAACCUAAUUUGUUACCACUUUUAUUGGACCAGUACAAGGAACAACACGAUGUGGUUAAGGUUUUACCUUCUGGCGAAAAAGUCAUUGUGGACCGUGAAAAAUCUUUGCAAAGAGUCACUUUAUACUUUUACUGGUCCAUCAAUAUUGGAUCUUUCUUCCAGUUGGCUACCUCUUAUAUGGAAAGACGCAUUGGUUUCUGGUUUGCAUUUUUCAUUCCCAUCAUUAUUUAUAUGAUUGUUCCCGCUGUUUUCUGGUACUUGCAGUCAAGAAUCACCGUCAUGGAUCCACAAGGCUCGGCAUUGACCAACACCUCGAGAAUCUUGCGGGUUUCAUAUAGAAAAGGCUGGAUUAAACGUCUCAAAAAUAAAACCUUUUGGGACUAUGCUAUGCCUUCAGAGAUGGAAAAACGCGGAGAAACAACAUAUGGAAACAACAAACCCAUCACCUGGAACGACCAAUGGGUUUUGAACGUGAAGCAAACCAUCGACUCGUGUAAAAUUUUCAUCUACUUCCCCAUCUAUCUCAUCAACGAUGGAGGUCUUGGUUCCGUGCAAACGUCUCAGGCUGGGUCCAUGUCUCUUAAUGGAGUUCCCAACGACUUGUUCAACAAUUUUAACCCAUUGGCGAUUAUCAUCAUCAUUCCCAUUUUGGACGUUAUCGUCUACCCAUUUUUGAGAAAAUACAAAAUCAACUUUCGUCCAGCCUACAGAAUUACCUUGGGUUUUUUCAUCGCUGCCAUGUCCCAGGUAGCAGGAGCAAUAAUCCAGCACAGAAUUUACACACUUUCUCCUUGUGGUAACAAGGCAACAACUUGUGAUCAAGUGGCUCCAAUCACCGCUUGGAACGAAGUUUCAUUGUAUGUUUUACAAGCCGCUUCCGAGUGUUUCGCCAUGACAACCUCGUACGAAAUCGCCUACACUCGUGCACCUCCAAAUAUGAAGGGAUUGGUGAUGGCACUUUGCUUAUUUUCUUCGGCUCUUUCCGCGGCACUUUCCGAAGCCAUUACUCCAGCUUUAUAUGAUCCUCAUAUCAUUUGGGCUUUCGUUGCUAUGGCGUGUGUGGGUUUUGCGCUUGCAGUUUUGUUCUUUUUCCACUUUAGAAACUUGCACAUUGUCAUGGAAAGAGAAAGAGAAUGGAGAGAAGCCAUGGAACAUGAAGACCGUGUGGCUGCUCUGAAAGCUGUGGAGACUGGAGAAGUGACAUUUAGUAAUCUUGAGGCUGUUGCGUCGUUGAGAUCUGUUACUGCUACAAAGUAA